AUGUCAAUGCAAAGUAUAAACAGUUUAUACCCUGAUGUAUAUUUACAGUAUAUUGAAGAUGGAUAUCCCAAAGUAAAUGAAGAUGGAGAGGGUAAAAUGAAAUUUUAUGUUGAUGAUGAAGGUAUUUAUCAUUAUAUCGAUGAAAAUAGUAUAGACAACUUAGAAGGAGAAUAUUCAUGGAAAAACAUUGAACUUAAUUAUACUACAAAGAACAGUUACUUUAAUGAUAGUAUUGAUAAUGAUGAUGAUAAUGAUUGCCAAUUUCAAAAUAUCAAUCGACCAAAAAAUAUACAAGGUAAAGAAAAAAAAUAUACAUCUUGGACGCCAAUAAAUUAUUUUUUAAGUGAAUUUUUUUUAGUGAUAUUUCAUACUGGGCUUAUAAUGUCAUUAAAAUGUUGUGGAAUUAUUAACGAAAAUCCCACAAAAUUUGAUUUUUUAUUAUACAUUUGUAUAGCUUUAUUUGGAUUAAAUCUAAUCAUAUCAUAUUUUUUCAUUGGUUAUUAUUUACAGUAUAAACGGCGUUAUAGAGAUAUAAUUCCUAAAUUUUUCCAACAUACAUACAAGGAAUGUUACAAAUGUCCACCUAAAGAUGAAAAUUUGAGAAAAUUUAAUCGUAAUCCUUUGACUAAAUUUAAAACAUGUAUUUUGGUUAGUGUCUCAAGUUUAAUUAUGAGUUGUAUUUACAUUUCAUAUUUUUACUUAAAUAAAUUCGUGGUUUAUCAUGAUUCCAAUAAUGAAAUUCAAUUGGCUAAAAAAAAUAUUUGGGAAUUAGUAUUGGAUUUAUAA